AUGGAUGAAUCAAACAUGAUAGAGUUUAAAAAUACAUUUCAAAAAAUGGAUAAUGAUAAAAAGUGGUUUCUGAGAUCAGGAAGAUGUGUUGAAGAUGAACUUUAUGCAUUUGGAAUGAAAUGCCGAUUUGAACACUUAGCGCACUCGUUUAUUAUCGACCCUGAUGACAAAACCUAUAUUCAAAAUAAAGUAUUUACCUCUGAAGAACUUGGAGAAAUUCGUAAUACGGAAGCAAAAGACUUGCCACAGGUGCCAAUUGACUUACUAGAAUAUAUUAGCUCUUUUCGCAAGAAAACAACAAAAGAUUUACGGAUAGUACUUAAUACACAACAAGAUUGGGAAGGUGAAAACUUUGACAAAACCAAACACUUUAAUUUUGAUUGGAUAAAAAAUAGUGUUCAUAAUUUAUUGUUAGAAUACGAAUUCGAUACAUUACAGAAAAAACAUCUGGAAGCGUGGUAUAAUAUUCACGUUUGGUCUUUAAUAGAUAAAUCCUUUAACGAAUUAAAAGGUAUGGAUGUUUCCAGAGGCGAAUCAUGCAGUAUUGCAUCGUCUAAACGAAAAAAUAAGAAAAGAAUAGUUAAAGGAUUACUUGAAACAACACGAAAAGCACUUGGAAGAAGGGGUGAUCUAAUUCUAAGGAAGGGAGUAUAUGAAUACGGUGCCUCUGAGGUGGGGAAGGAUUAUGAGGGAGAAAACGGGACAAAAUUACUCAAAGAAAGGGGGUUAAAAAGUCCAAAAAUGCUUAAGGAUAUGUUUGUGGACUUGGGUAAUUUUGUGAAAUGGGAAAGAAAUAAGUUACGCCAAUUGGAAUUAGUUAGCUUCAUUCAUUCUGGACUUUUUAUGAUGCUAUUACGUAUGGAUGCCCCUGCUGGCUAUCUUUGUAGGAUAACUAGAUCAGAUACUUUGCAGAUACCAACUGAUGUUAAAUGUUUUGAACAAGCCCUUAAGUGUAUUGUUUUGACUUGGAAAGCGAAGGUUAAAAUGAAUGAUGAUGACGCCUUGGAGUAUUUACAGGAAGCUGGUGGCUAUAAACAUAAGAAUUCAACUAUCAUCAUUCCUGACUGCCCUAUGACACCACGAAAAAGAAUGUGUAGAAGUAAACUUGUGCAAAUAGAUAACAAUGAUUUUUAUUGA